CUCUCUCUCUCAUACACACGCUAUCUUUCUCUUUUUCAAUCGCACAACGUUCAGCCCUUCCUUUACUUACGAAAGAUUCUUCUUGAAAAUUUUUCAUUGCGCUUCGUUACAUCGUCGUUUUUUAAAAUCUAUAAAAAAAAAAAGAAAAAAAUUAUUUCAUUUAAUUUGUCUAUAAUACGUAUAUAAACAAUCAAAGUCGAUAGGAUCAGUUCUAUUGGAAAUAAAUCGAUUAUUCGAUUAAUAUUGAGAUUUUCCAAGAGUUGGAAAACGGCGCGAAAUUUGAAAGAAGAACAUACGAGAUCCCGAUGACGGUUUAACAAUUCUGGGGCACUCGAGAAAUCUUGACCGUUUAUAACCAUCGUAAAGUCAAGGAAAGCCUUCAAAGUAUGAUAAAAUUUUGAAGAAAUGGCGGACGAUCCAAAUCGAGAUAUUUUGCCCGUAAAGGAGGGAUCUUGCAUCGAGACAUUUCGUAGCCUUAUAGAUCCCAGGGAACGUCGUUUGGUGAGCAAGCUCGAUCGUUGUCAGUUGGAGGACAAAUAUUUGCGAUUAUUCGAGGAAGCGAGUAAAUUGAAAAAGUUAUCCAACUAUCAGGAAGACAAGAUCAAGCGACUGGCUACAAAACUAAUGAGAGUAGCUGCUAACCCAAGGGCGUGCGUUUCUUUGGAUUGCAACGAUAAAAACAAAAUAACGGCCCUCGAGGUCGAGAAUUCCAAGUUAAAAAAUAAAUUAUCCGUACUGAGGAAUCAACUGUUGAGUCAUACAAUGAGCGGUGUGUCACCAACGAGAAGUCGUCGGCCCCACACAAGACCAUCCUCGGGACUCAUAACUUGUCGCAGCGAGAACAGUCGUAUAAGGGCCCCGUCCUGCCAAUGCAUCGUUCAGACACAUCAGAUACGAAAUGACGACAACGACGUACAAAAUUAUCUUGUUAAAAUCGAGGAAUUAGAAACGCAGAAAAAAGAAAUGUCGUCUCAUAUAAAGGAAUUAGAGAAGGAACUAGAGUCUUAUAUGGUAAAUAAUCAGAGGGAGAAAGUAGUUGAGAACAUCGAGUAUAUAAAGGUUUGGCGACAAAUGAAACAGUUGAGCGACAAAUUGAUAGCUGCUCAGAAUACAAACGAGUCGUUGAACCUACAAAUCAACGACCUCAAAAAAAUCCUCGAGGAGACAACAAAAAAUAAUCAGGAAAUAACAGUUUGUCUAAUGGCAGAGAAGAAACGAAUAGCCGGUAUCGAUGGACAGAUAAUAAAAGCAAAAGAUUCUCAAUUAACGUUACGCGAAAAAGAUGAACAAAUAAGAGAUUUAAUGAAUGAGAUGAAAAUUUUGCAACAACAUAAUAACGAGUUAAUCGCUUUGAGUUCCAAAUAUGGCCAAGUCGAAUUGGAGAAUGUUGAAUUGAAAAAGAAGUUCACGCAACAAUUUACCGAUCAGCAAAGCUUCAAAGUAGCGUUUAGUACUGAACAAGCUAAUAUCGCUGCUCUGCAAACUGCUAAUGAACAAUUGUUAAUGAAACUUCAGUAUCUGCAGAAAAAUAUGGACACUCUAACGGUUCAAUUAGCGAUCAUUCAAAAUGAUAAUAAAAAGCAUGAAUCAAGUACCAAAACGGAAUCGUCUAACGAUUCCGCUAAAGCUAAAAAUACUCCCAAAGAUAUGAAAUCGGCAAUUGAAAGAUGUAAAAAAUGUUGUGAGACGUUCGACAAGAUUCUAUACCUCGAAAAAGGUGUAAAUACGAUACGGCAAGAUAGUAAGCUUUUGAGCAAGUGCGUACAAACGGACUGCGUACCUUGUUCAAUUUCUAUUAACACAAAAGAAGCAGGUACUUCAAUGAUGACUUCUUCGGAUCAGCCAUCAUCGACACAAGAACAUAUGGUUAUAAAACAUCAGGAGGUUGAUCAAAUGAUACAAGAAAAGAAUCCUUUGUCGCGCGAAAAGAUGUUGAAAUUAUUGGAUCAAGCGCAGAUCAGUACGCCAUUGAAAGCAGGAAGAAUCGGACAAUCGGAUAUUCCUUCUGUGGUCGAUUGCGAAGCCAUGCAAGACUUUAGCCAAAGACACAGAGACGCAGAUGUGGCAGAUCAUGUUCAAACAAGAGAUUUAAAGAAUUUACUCGCAACGCUCGUCGAUGUUCUUCGUAAAGAAUAUUCUUCAUCAAAGAAUUUUUUAAUCCCCGUUCAAGAACAAACUAGCUUGUAUCGAAAUCCUCUUUUAUACAAUGAAAAGCGAUUAAUAAAAGACGUGCAGACGGAUAUUAACAAUAACGAUGAAACGAAUCGGCAGGUUGAUAUAGGAAUACAAUUAAGCAAACAUCUGAUCUUCAAAAACUCACAAUACGAAGACAGUCAUGAUCUAUCUUCGGAAAAUAUGAAAAACUGUAACAUGAAAAAGUUUUGCUUCAUUAAUCAAGAUAAAUCGCAAAAUCGUAAUUAUUCGGAAGGAAGAAACUUUAAAACAAACGUUACGAGAACUCAAAAUCAAGUGACGAGAUCUACAGAGACCGGCGAAUGUAAUUGCACCAAUUUGAAAAAGUGUCACGCAGAAUCAGAUUGUGGUUAUUUUUGUUGUACCAAUUAUUCGAAGCAAUCUUAUGGAAAAUAUAGAGAUAAUGUAAGAAAUCAGGAUCUAAAAGGUUCGUCUUCGUUGCCGAUAAAAAGAAGUGAUAAUAAAUGUGCAAAAAAAAUCGCCGACACAGCUUAUACGGAACGUUAUAUAAAUGACGCCAUGAAUUCUUUCGAAUCCUGGAAGAUGAAUGUAUCAACGCAGAAGAACGAAGCUUUUGCUACCGAACAUUUGGAUAGAUGUAAAGAGCUUUUGGAUGAAUGUUGGUUGAAAAAUACGAAGAAAAUUCGUGUAAGAAAAAGAUGCGACGAUGAACGAUAUGACGAUCGAAAUGAUUUAUUUAUCAUUAAUCCACUUAAGGUGAAUAACAUGUUGGGCCAUUUACGAGGCAUGGGAGCAAUGAAGUCACCUCGUAUAUGCAACAUGCUAUGCCGAACGGAAGAUCAGAUAAAACCGUUAGAAGAAAACGAAGAAGAGUUACACUGCAAUCCUAAGUGUCCAACCGAAUGUGUAGAUCUACCACCAUAUCCGACGAGUUCAACGCCUUUAUUGAUUACAAACGGUCAAGGUCUUGUGGAAAUUCAUGUUCUCUCUCUGCAGCUUGCUACAUCUGCAGCAGCAGUUCUUUUUCAAGAGGAGAAUCUUUCCAACGUGUCCUUAUUCAUCAGUUGGAAUAUCUGGGGUCAAGAGACAGUUUGUACGCCAACGUUGAAAUAUCCAAAGUUAAACUUCAAUUCGUCCUUCGUUUAUCAUAUACCGGAUCUAUUUACGUUCUUCAAUUGCGCUCUGUCGGAAUAUGUCAUCUUUCAGGCGAAUGUCGUUGAACAGAAUACAACGACUUACGCUGUGGCUAAAGCAAAAUUGUCUAUCAAGGAUAUACUUGAUUAUCCUCAAAAUAAGUUACAUUAUAUCGCGCCUAUGAAUAGCGUUAUAUCUUGUACACUCGGCAUGAACUUUGGACAAUUAUCCUUGUGGGUGAGAUUGAGCUGUGAUGUCGAGCAGGUCGACGCAUUCAAAAGGCAGUGCGGCUUGCUUCCACCAAUGCAACAGAUUCAGAAAACGAUUUUUCAAGAGGAUCUUCCUACAUUGAAGGAAACAAAUGAAGAAUAUCGAAAAAUCUUUAAUGACACUGCACAAGUAAUGUCAGAUAUUAACGAAAAAAAGAAAUGUAAGGAAGAAAUUGAAAAUCCAAUCAUUAACUCGACCAAUGUUAAAUCUGCUACCUAUAUCAAAAAUGGGUCAUUUAACAAUGAAAUGACGUUACUGUCGAAACAAUCUAAGGAAAUUGCAAGAUGGGCAACUAAAGAAGAAGAGAAUAAUAAUGUGAUUCAGGCAGACAAAGUGAACAUCGAUGAUUUUAAUUCUUUUAUUUCCCAUGUAAGAUUUAUAUUUGCAAAAUAUGUGCUUGUGAAGAAUCAACGUCGAAUAAACUUUUUCUUGAAACUUUGCAUUAGAUUUAAUUUUGCAGAAUCACGAAAUGUUGCCGAUGAUGAGCAUGACAAGAAAGAUAUUUUGAAAAAAUAUCCAUUGGAAAAGGAUACAAUCGUAAUUGAGAUCAAUAAAAUAAUUCUAUUUGAAAAUAGUUCAGUCAUGCUCGACGAUGAGGUUCAUUUACUUUAUGUGGAAUAUUCUUUUCUCGGUUAUCGUGGUGCUGAUAUGGAAACAGAAUCAGUAAUGAAACCAAAGACAGCCAAAGAGCCAUUGAUUUAUAAUUUUAAAAAAAUAUUUCCGAUAGACGAGGAAUAUCACCCGAUCGAAAGGAACACAUUGCGAGCUAUGUUAAAUGAAUCUAUCAAUCCAAACAUUAAAUUUAUUUUAGUGAGCGAACCACUUCCUGAAGAAACAGAUAUUAAAGAUUGCGUGGAAAUCGGGUAUGCAUAUUUUAACAUAAGAGAAUAUGCUUUGGGUGACAAUGAUCAAAGCAUAACGCUACCAAUUAUAGACGAAAAGCAAACUGAAAAAAUAGGUUCAUUAACGGUAAAUUCAAUAGUAUUAUAUUGUAAACAAAUACUUAUAUCGAGGAUAUUUUUAUUAUAGUGAUGUAUAUGUGUAUGAUAAUGAGACUUAAUGAGCGCGUAACGCUUUUACCCCCACCAUGACGCUUCGACUCACUGGUGGUAUCUCGAUGCUUGGUAACACUACUGCGCAGUCUUUCACAGCCCAGGGAUGAGUAUUCAUCGCGCGCAGUAUUCAUACUCCUCGUCCAACCAUUAUUUUCUUAUUCAUUGUCAUGUUUAAUUAGGUCAUUUAAUUAGGUCAUUAUUUGGGCAAUUAAUUCGACGAUCUCAAUAAUAAGCUGAAACUACUAAUAAGUUUACAAUUAUAUCGUAUAUAUUUAUACCUUGUACGAAGUAUUUUUUACAGAUAUGCGUGCUAGAUCUUAAUGUCAUACGUCAAUGUUUGGGCGAUGCAUUAUUAUCUCAUUUAUUUUCAUAUUAUUUAAUUAGAUUAUCAUAUAGGAAAUUAAUUUGACGAUCGAGUAAUAAGCUAUGACUAUUAAUAAGUUUACUAUUAUUUCAGACAAAUUUAUAUCUUGUAUAUAAUAUUUUUUUUUACAGAUAAACGUGCAGGGUCACGAUCUCAUGCGUGAAUGUCUGGAUAGUAAUAUACAAAAGUAACAAAGUUUCAAGAAAAUGAUCCAUUCUUUUUCCAAUAAACAAUUUAUUACAAAUCUUUACAAUAUAUUUUCUGAUAUAAUAGUAUAUACCAAUAAUCGUAUUUUUACGAAUACGAUUAUUCGUUUUUAUUUUUCUUUUCGUUUUUAUUUUUCGAAAUAACGUUAUUUGACGUUGUAUUAGUAUUGUUUCCUAUUAUAUUCUGAAGAAUAGCCUUCUUUUUUUUCUUUAUCUCUGACAAAAGUUUGGUUCUUCGGAAUAUAUCAUUAAAUAUUCCAAUAGCCAUUUGAAAAUUUCGACAGUCUCUUGGCUCAUGCGCGACCGACCAAACACCCUGAAUCGUAUCAAUUCCUUGACAUACUUUGCAAGAACCUGUGAUUAACUAAUUGUUAAUAAAUGAAUUUUAAGAAGUCAUUUAUUAGGUGAAAUUUUCUAUACGAUUACUUGCCGACGAAAAUUGCUAAAGUUUUAGUACGAUUGUCAUAAGCGAGUAAGGAAAAUGGUCCACCACGUCUAAAUGGCGCAUGUCCUGUUACAUUCCACGUUGUGUUUAGAAGUCCUUCAUGUAUAGGUUGAGAUAUGAGAUUUGCCAAGGUGACUAUUAUACUUUUAUUUAAAACCUUCAUAUCUAAUCUCACUCCAGCUUUGUUUGUCACCCAUGAUCCUGUCAAUUUGCAGGGUAGACCUAAAAAAGAAUACAUUCAACUUAAACGUACUAAAUUUUAUGAUAUUACUUUAGAACGUUCACUAUAUGUAUAUAUAUAUAUAUGUAUAUACACACCUUCAUUAUUUUUAUCUGUCGAAUGAUCCAUUUUAAUUUCUUCUAAUUCAUCGACAAUUCUAUUGAGUAUCUGAUCGGCAACUUCUUUUGUUUCGUUAACGGUAACAGCGAUAUUAACGUGGUGCACAUUUGCAACGUCCUCCUCGACGGAAUUUCGAUUUCUAAUACCGUUUUUACUUUCUAUAAAUUCUUUUCCCAAUUCAUUUUUUUCUUUUACAGUUGGUGACUGAUCAUAAACGCUCGAUUUAUCCUUCAUAUUCCUAACUCCCUUUUGAAGUCCACGUCUAGCCAUUUGCUGGUUCAACGUCAUCGCAUCCUUAGAUUCAUCUUUCUUAUCCCCAUUUCCCUCGGAAUCAAGAUAAACGGGAUUUAAGAAUCUUUCUACAGGUUGAACAUGUUUCUUAGGCGAAAUAUCAACUACCUUUUGUAAAGGCUCGUACAAAUUGUUGUUCAUAUUCAUUAGCGUAUGCGCACUAUUUUCAUUAUACAUUCUAGUUUGAGUUUUGGAAGGAUUCACGAGAUAUAAAUGAUUUCCUUGAUCCUUAUUUUUGUAUACUGGGAUAUAAUGCAAUUGUUGUUGUUCCGAAGGUAAAACGAAAGUUUUUUCAUAUGGUUCCGAAUAGAUGUUUGUAGGAUUCUUUAAUUCAAUCGUAUUCCCUUCGUCGUCAUUGAUCCGAGGUGUAGGAAUUUCCUCGGAAUGUAAUUGAAAUUGAUUGUUCAUUAGAUCUUCUUGAUUAUUAUCACUUAAGGGAUAAAGAUAUUUUUCAUCGGUUUUUUGCACCAAUGAAUCAUAAUUAUUUGGAUAGUUUUGUUCUUGUCCCGAUUGCAAUAUUCCCAAAUUAAAUCCAUAAUUAUUAUACAUGUUUUUUUCAUCUGUAUCUAAUGGUAAAGUGUAUUGAUUUCCGUUUGAUUUUGGAAUUAAUGAAUUAGUAUCGAAGUUUUCUUGAUCCAUUUUUGGAUCCUUUUCAGUUUGAUAUUCUUGAACAUUUUCAUUGUAUGUAUAGAAAUUGUCAUUCAAAUUUCGAUUAGAUCUGAGUUUUUGAAGUCUUUUGUCUGAGGACAAUUGUUCUGACUGAAAAUAUACUGGAUUGUCGUUAUAUGGAGAAGACAUUGUAUAACUUUGACGAACGGAUCUAGCACGAGGAUAUUUUUCUAUUUCCUCUUCGAAUUCAUUAAUGUCGUUGUAAUAUUCGGCAUAUUCUGCUCCUUGAUCGCCAGAAUUUUUCUUCAUUGGAUCCUUCGUAGUCGUCCUCAUUAAUCGAUCUAUCAUAUUUUUCUUUUCGUCGUCUCGUCGUUCACUCUUAUUACCUGUUUUCUUAAUUGCAUUUGCAAUUGUGGUUGUCGCGGUAUUCGAAAUUGUGGAUUGAGUCAAGUCAAUGUAAUCAUCUGCAUCCAUAAUGACUGUUACAUUAUCAAUUUCGAAUUUACCGUCAUCAGAUACUUCUUGAUCCAAUGCCUUUUUAAUAUUAUUUUUAGGAUAAAUAUUAGAUAUUUUCCCUUUAACUGAUUUCCCUUUUGCGAGUAUCUUUUUUCCUUUGGAGUCGUAAUCUGCCUGAAUGAAUAAACUCUUAAGUUUUCAGAAUAUUGUAUUAUGAAAUUUACGUAGAAAUAUCGAUAAUGAACUUUACACAAUAAUAUGAACGAUUAUAAUGGAGUCUUACCUACCUUAGCGGAUGCCUUCUUGGACCAUCGAGGUUCUCGAUGUUUCUUCAGUCGUUUACGUCGACCUCUAUGCCUCUUCCAUUUUCUUUUCUUCUUACCUUUAUGCUUCGAAGAUUUCGAAUGAUUUGGUUUUAAAUUAGAUUUCUGUGCGACGUCUUCUUCCAUGAAAAUUAACGAAUACCUAUCCGUAUUGUUCCGAGAAGAGUCAAUAUUCACGAGUUUAUUUAUGGUUUCUCGCAUCUUCAAAGACUUGAGAGCGUCGUUAGCAAAUUUCUCUGCCAGUCUGCUGAUCUGAGUCGAUUGCGAUUCGAAGAGUGUCGUCUCAUUGACGUUCAUAACUUUAUCCGUAUAAUUUUCUUCAUGUUGCCUUUGUUCUCGAGUCCCUCUGAUCCUAGCUCUUUCCAUUUUCAAAUCCGUAUUCCCUUGCGAGUUCUCUCUUCUCGUAUUUCGAACGAUCAGAUUGGCUUCCCUCGAUCGAACGUUUCUGCUAUUUUUAAGAUCGUCCCGGAUGCAAGUCACGUUAACUAGUAGUGCGAUCAUCGUGACAAAUCUGUUUUUUUUUUUUUUUUUUUUUUUUUUUUUUCCCAUUAACCGAUAUUAUUUACAAACUUAACCAUGAAUAAAUUAAUUGACAGGUGCGAUUUACCUGAGCAAACUUGACUGCAUUCCUCCGAGAGGUUGACAAAAAAUCGUAUCAUCGAUUUCGUGGCCAUUGAUUCAAAACUGAAAAACGACGGCGUUUUGUCGUUUCCUAUAUCGUUUCCAUAUGACAGAACGUCACGAUCUAUACGAUAAGAAGGUUAACGUUAUGCUUUUAUUUUAUAGCUCCUAUUAAAAAAAAUGGUGUCUGAUAUCAAACAAAUUAGAAUUUGUUAACGCAGACGAAGGCCAUUUCGGCGAGUAAACAUUCUUUCGAGGGAAACUGCUCGAAUGUCAGGAAUCACAGGAGUGGAAGAAGAAGAAAAAGAAGAAGAAGAAGAGAAAGAAGAAGAAGAGGAAGAGGAAGAAGAAGAAGAAAAAGAAGAAGUGAGGAUAGGACGCUUAAUUUCGUCGCACAAACCGUACAUGUGUACUUAUAUAUACAGCUCGCUCGUAGAGUCUACCGACCGAUCCACUAUGUACGAUCAAAGGCGACUUGGGCCAAUGCCAAGUACACGCGUCGGCCUCAAUUAGUCGAAUAUUACGUAUAAAUGUCAUACACCGAGCUAUCGUACUUACAAUUAGCCGUAUAGUCAACGGGUAGAGGUGAAAGAGAUGCAUUAAGCCACCCUCGCUAGUGCGACUACCACUGUUGUACCUCGAGGUAUAUAUAUUUACUAGUUCUAAGGAAAAGUGAGUUCGACGUUCUCGCAACCAAAUGGAUUAUCAUCCGUUAUUUUAAUUAAUUAUUAUCUUCGCUUCAUUUACUUCAUUAAUUAUUUUUAUGCAAUUAACGUAAUUGUACGUGUAAACAUUUCAACCAAUGAAAUUCCAAUUUAACCGAACAAUCUUGAAACGUAUGGCAGACGGUGAUAAACAAAGCGUCGUUCACGUUCAAUCGAUUUGACAGACGCAUUCGAAUGCACCGUGAAAUUUGUUGAUUCCUAAGAUGUUAGAUCAAUUUCUAACGUUGAAAUAUGUACUGCAUAGAUACAUAGACACGUAGAAAUUAUUUUUGCAAGGGAGUCGAUUUGAUUUUGUAUUAUAUACAUAGUCACACUCGUAAAGUGAUCCUAAAUCGUACAUGAAUAAGAUUUAGGAAUGUGUAUAAUCUAUACAGAGGAAGAGAAGUCGAAGGAAAUGUUCUUCUUAUAGAUUAUAUAUGUAUCUAUGUAUGUAUGUAUGUAUGUAUUAAAAUUGAAUCUGCACACAAAUAGAUUCUCCGAGAAGACGAUCCGUCGAAGUACCAUCGGCGCCUGGCGAAACUCGGCUACACGCUUGAAAAAGGAGAAGUCACGGAUGGUCAGUACCGGAGAGAAAUUAUGGCUCGGGAGAAGGCAUAGCGAAAUACAACGUAUGUAUCGGUGCAGCGUCGAAGUGAAAUCCCUGGAGACACGGGAGCAUUGAUUAUUAUUAGAACCAGCUAAGGUACAACCAUACCAUCUUUACCGUUCGGUCAAAUAACCAUAACGUUUCGUUCGAUUAUGGAUCCUUCAAGAACGAUCUCUCUGAUUAAUUACAUUCAUCGAAAGAUUAUUUAAAGAGAUGCCAUUAUUACAAAUUGUUUUCACAUUGACACUUUGUACAUGACACAAAGUUUGACGUUCUCUCGUAAGUUUGUUACGAAAAUGGUUAUUCCGAGAUACGCAUUAAUCAAAUGGCUAACUACCAAGCCGCUUGAAAUUACAUUCGAUAUAGACGAAUGUAAUUUUAUUAGAUCGUAAAUAUAAUAUAUUUGAGUUGGAAAUUUGUUCGAUCGUUGAAAAGGAUGCGAAUCGAGAGAAUCCUUCAGAGAAUUUGAGGGCGACACUUUGAAGAUGAGAGAGAGAGAGAGAGAGACAGUUGAAGAAGAGGCCGACGGCGACAACGACAACGACAAAAGCUGCAACGUUGAAGAGGAUGACGACGAAGCUGAGAUAGAAGAAGAAGAAGAAGAAGAAGAAGAAGAAGAAGAAGAAGAAGAAGAAGAAGAAGAAGAAGAAGAGGUAGCAGAGAAGCGUGGAGGGCGUCUCGACGUCUUACUGCUCUGGCAUUGGUAGCAGUCUCGAGAUAGCCGCCGGCUGGCUUCCUUACCACCUCAGUGAAUUUAUUCGGGGAUUCCGAGCGCAAAGCGCCGAACGAUAAAUCCGAUCGAUCGUCCGUAGAGUGAUCUUUUUCUCUUUCUCUCGUUCUUUCUCCCUUUCCUCUUUUUCAUUCCAUCUCCAUAUCCAUCUAUAAUCAUUUUUCAUUAUUUUCCUUGAGAAACGAUUCUUCGAUUAACGAAACGCGAAAGAAAUUUCUUAAUCCUUAACGAACGAAA